AUGGCGACGGCCGCGAUUCCGACCGGCGGCGCCACCGACGUCGCCGGCACCGGAGCUCUGGGCCGGCGCGGCCAUCGUGGCGGUCGCCGGCCUAGUGAGGGAAGUGGUGUUGUGGAGGAGGAGGAUGAGGACGAGGAAGACGACGACGACAAGCUGAGCUAA